ACCCUCAAAACCCUCGGCAACGUCUCGCGAUUCGUCGCCGUGAGAGGAGAAACCCUGCCGUUCUACUGGCGGAGGCUUAGGGCUUGGAUCGCUCUCUGCGGCUUCUGCUUUGGAUCGGGUGGAAUGGUAUAUAGGCGUCAUCUGCAUUGAUCGAAGUUGCAAGUAUCCCAGUUGCUUCUGGUCAUUGAUUUGACAAGCUACUCAAGAGCAAUAUCUUUCUUUCAUCUGGAUGGCUUUUGCUGAAGUUGGAUAUACAUAGUUGUUGAGGCUCAGUUAUUUUCCUCGGCUUGACAAUGCAAACAAGGAAAAAAGUUCUUCCAAGAAAUGCAUCCAGAGAACAUGCGAACACUAGAUCUUGCAGACUGCAGAAAAAGGUGACUCUGAUAUCUGAAAAGAAAGUCACAGAACUGAUCACAUCAUCUGCUAAAAAGCAGAAAUUUGUUAGAAUACCUUCAAAACAAAAUCCAUAUGAAGAAACUGGAAGGAAUUUGGGUUCUGAUUGUUGUGCGUCUCAAGAUGAGAAUCAGAGCUCUUGUUUUGCAUAUCAGACUUCCCUUUCUCAUAAGGAGCUAUCUGAUGUUACCACUGCAAAUUGUAUGUCGGAAACCAUCUUUUCUCCUGUCUUUCAUCACCCAAAGGACACCUCUGGUAGCAUUCUUGAGAAAGAGUUAUCAAAGAUCAAAGACAAAGUAAAUCAUCAUGAUUCAGAAAUUCAGGAAUUAAAAGCUAGUUCUUUUAGUUGUUCUGAGACAUUACAAACUCAAGAGAUAUCUAUGAAGAGCAGCACUGCAGUUGCUUGUGAAAACAAUGUUAACUCAGCAUCUUUUGAAGCUUCAGAUAUUCAGAACACGCAUAGCCAUCCUCAUGAUAUGGGACGACAUCAUGCAAAGACACAAUCUGAUGAUGAGUAUAGUGAUUUGGGAAACCUUUCUUCUGAAGUUUCAGCUAUAUAUCUUGCAAUGCAGAACUCUAAACUAGAAUGUGUUGAUGAGCACAGUCAAGAUACAAUUUCGACGGAUGGUUGUGUUGAGCCUGAUGAAAGUGAUGAGUUUGAUGAUUUUGAUCCAUACUUGUUCAUAAAGGAUUUACCUGAUUUGUCAGCGGUGGUUCCAAGAUUUCGACCCAUGCUCCUUCCCAAACAGACACGGAGCUGCCCAUCAACAACCCUUGUUCUGGAUCUGGAUGAGACUUUGGUGCAUUCUACGCUGGAACCAUGUGAGGAUGCAGAUUUUACAUUUCCAGUCAAUUUCAAUUUUAAAGAGCACACAAUUUAUGUACGCUGCAGGCCUUAUCUCAAGGAUUUCUUGGAAAAGGUCGCUAGCCUGUUUGAGACAAUUAUAUUUACAGCAAGUCAAAGCAUAUAUGCUGAGCAGCUCCUCAAUGUGCUUGACCCAAAAAGGAAAUUAUUUCGCCAUCGUGUGUACCGAGAGUCAUGUGUAUUUGUGGAUGGUAAUUACUUGAAGGAUCUGUCUGUACUUGGCCGUGAUUUGGCUCAUGUUAUCAUCGUAGACAACUCCCCUCAGGCAUUUGGAUUCCAGUUGGACAAUGGCAUUCCAAUAGAGAGCUGGUUUGACAACCGCAACGAUCAUGAACUGCUCUCGUUACUCCCCUUCUUGGAGAGCUUGGCUGGUACGGAUGACGUUCGCCCACUCAUAGCCAAGAAGUUUAAUCUCCGUGAGAAGGUGGCUGCUGCUGCUGCCUCUUAUCUCGCCUUAGAUUUUAGAAGGUGACCACGAAAAGUAGAGCCCAAUGCACGCAACAUUGGAGCCUAUCAUCACAUUUGCAUGCUCUCCUGCAGCAUAUACUUUUCCUCUUGCAAUACCUGUAUCAUUUGUUGCUAUACUUUCUCAGAAGAUUUUAGCUGGACUUAUCCAUUCAAAAAUGUUGUCUAAUCGUGUAGUCAAUGGUGAAUAAAUAUCGGUCAUUUUGCUGUUAUCAUUCAUGUUCGGCGUGCUUGCUUUCA